GGGAGACCAACCCGAUGGUUGAGAAUGAAUUGCUUGAAUGGAUGGAAUCUGAUAGAUCCACUAGCAAUGUCAACGGGCUUCAAAAUGAUGGAAAGAUGGGAAAUAAUUUGACAGUAUUUAGCUACGCAUCUGUCGUGGCUGCCACAACUAACUUCUCUGAAGAAAACAAGCUCGGACAGGGGGGCUUUGGACCUGUUUAUAAGGGAAAACUUCUGACGGGACGAGAAAUUGCUGUGAAGAGACUUUCAAGAUGUUCAGGGCAAGGAACUUUGGAGUUUAAGAAUGAAUUGAUACUCAUAUCUGAACUCCAACAUACAAACCUCGUUCAGCUUUUUGGCUUCUGCAUUCAUGGGGAAGAGAGGAUGUUAAUCUAUGCCUACAUGCCAAACAAAAGUUUGGACUGCUUUUUAUUUGAUUCAACCAAAGCGAUGCUACUAGAUUGGACGAAGCGGUUCAACAUAAUUGAAGGAAUCGCUCAAGGACUGCUUUACUUGCAUAAAUACUCAAGAAUGAGAGUAAUUCACAGAGAUUUAAAAGCUAGUAACGUACUACUUGAUGAAUAUAUGAAGCCCAAAAUUUCUGAUUUUGGUUUGGCAAGAAUUUUUACACAUAAUGAACUUGAAGCAAAUACUAAUAGGGUUGUUGGAACAUAUGGUUACAUGUCUCCCGAGUACGCUAUGGAGGGGACUUUUUCGAUAAAAUCUGACGUCUAUAGUUUCGGGGUGUUAAUGCUUGAAAUCAUUAGUGGUAGGAGAAAUAGUAGCUUCUACAAUGCUGAUCGCGUGCUCAAUAUAGUAGGAUAUGCAUGGGAGUUAUGGAAAGAAGGCAGGGGGCUAGAGCUAAUGGAUCCAACACUAAAGGAUUCAUGUACUGAAGAUCAAUUGUUAAGAUGCUUCCAUGUUGGUCUGUUAUGCGUGGAAGAAAAUGCAGCUGAUCGGCCCUCCAUGUCUGACGCCAUAUCUAUGUUGACUACUGAAACCAUUUCAAUGCCACUACCUACAAGGCCAGCGUUCUUCACAAGAAGAAAUUUUAUUGAGUCUGAUAUAAGUAGAAGGGAGUUGCAAAUUAUAUCAGUAAAUGGCUUGUCUAAUACCUCAGUUGCAUACCGCAGUUGCUGGACGAUACAUUGCUUUGCUUUUGUAUAUGUUGUAUUCCCUGUGAAAGUAGGUUUUCUUGUGGAUUAUAGUUUUUUAAUUGGCAAUAUUGCGUAUAGAUUCACUAGCCGGAACUUACCAAACUGCUCAAAACGGAUCAACGGUGAAGAGGGUAUUGUGGCAAAGUUUCAAUUAUCUGGAGGAUGUGCUUUUGCCAG